AAAGAGGGAGAGUUUAAUACAAUUCGUUUCGGUCAGAGUUGGCGUUAGUUGAAAGAUUGCGUGCGUGCGUAAAAUAAUCCUAUUAACGGGCAUCAUGGAGACCUGUGGCAUGAGUUUUAUCAAAUAUCUUUUAUUCUUCUUCAAUCUCAUUUUCGCGAUAUCCGGAAUUGGUAUUAUAGUAGCAGGAGCAGUUGUCCUUGCGGAUGUGGGGGAGUUUAGUCAUUUUAUGGAAAAUCGAAUAUUGGCGCCACCAGUUGUUUUGAUUGUAGUCGGAGCAAUCAUAUUUAUUAUUGCCUUUUUGGGAUGCUUUGGAGCCAUCAGGGAAUCGUAUUACAUGUUGAUGGCGUUUGCUGUGUGUCUCUUGAUCGUUUUUAUCAUAGAAUUAGCCGUUGGUAUUGCUGCUGCUGUUUACAAGCAAGAUUUCGAAAUGGCAUUGAAGGAAAACCUCAAAAACUCUAUGAAAAACUAUAACAGCGAUUCAGAACGCCUUGCAUGGGAUAAUGCACAAAAGAAGCUUUCAUGUUGCGGUGUGGAAGGACCCAGAGACUGGCAAAGUGGAAUUCCAGCAAGUUGUUGCUAUGCAGAACAAAAGGGAAACGAGGAACCAAAUAAUUCAUGCGCUAGUUAUCAAAAAGGAGUGAACUAUCUCAGUACCGAAGGAUGUUACGAGAAAUUGGUAACUAAGGCAAGGUCGAGGGCAACCCUGCUGGUGGGAGUCGGCAUUGGUAUCGCAUUUAUACAAGUGAUUGGGAUAGUCCUGGCGUGUUGGUUGGCGACGGUUGUAAGACGCGAAGAAACGAAAGGCGCAUAAAUAAAAAUGUUGUACAAAUUAUAUAACGUUACGUGAUUCGUUCUCAUAUAAUUUAUAACUAUUAAGCUGUUCUAAAUUGUAUGUAUAUGUGUUUUGCUUUGAGUAAAUUGUUAAGGCUUAUAAAUAGAUGUGUGAAUUUUAAUGGACGGUGGCACCUCUGCAUUUAUUCAUUGUACUUUUUUACUUCAGUGUCAUAUGCAUGAAAAAAAUAAUGUUUGUUAUAGAUAUUUUACAUAAAUUUUGACUUGUUUGUGUUACAUUAUAUGAUGUGUGUUUUAAUAAAAUGAUAAAAAUGAA